AUGAACAGCAGUUUAGAUAGCCGUGAUGAUCCUCCCCUUGUAUUGAGUCUUCCACCAAUCCCUCAAUUGGUUAUAUUAGGUAUUAUAUUUAUUGCUUCAGUUAUUCUUAAUUGCAUAUCAAUAAUAAGUAUUGUUGGCGCCCGAGCAAUAACACCAAUAAAUCUAUUAAUUAUUAAUUUGGCUGUCAGUGACAUUGUUUAUUCCUUGACCAUUCCAAUAUUUGCGGUACACAUUGUUAUUCCAUGGUGGCCAUUCGGGCGUGUUGGUUGUCAAUUAGUGAUUGCAAUUGACAUUAUUGCUAUGAUUGUUGGUGUUUAUACAAUAACGGCGUUAAGUAUUGAACGUUAUAUGGAUGUACGUGAAACAUCUCGUCGUUAUAAUGAUCAAGUUAAAUCAGCAUUUGUAUUAGGUUUUAUUAGUUUAUUAUGGUUAUUUGCAAUAUUGUUUCCAUUACCAAUGUCAUCAUCAUUGUUUGUUCAUGAUCGAACUCGAGCUGCAUUAGUAUCGGGUGUUAGCGAAUGUAGAUCACGUUGGACACCAGUUGAAUUAUCUCGAUAUGUUCAAUUAAAAUUUUUUUGUGCAUUUUUACUUCCAUCAUUAAUAACAUGUAUAUUUUCAUUUCUUUUAAUUAUAUUUCUUCAUCGAUGGUCAAUGAGAUUUCGACGUCUUUCAUUACCAAAUAAUUCCGUAAAUAAUUAUAAAAGACGUGCAACAACACUUGUUUUAUUAAUAAUAAUAUCAUUUUUUGUUCUUUGGUCUCCAUUAUGGAUUCUUCAACUUUAUGAUACAUUUAAUGAACAAGGACCAACACCUUACAUUCAAAUAUUAAAUUUUCUAACACUUGUUUUUGUUUAUGCAAAUGGUUUAUUAAAUCCUUUACUUUAUUUAAUAUUAACGCAAAAUUUUCGUGAUUACAUGAGAAGAAACAAAUGGUCACCAUGGAAACGGCGAAAGCAAUCAAGAAAUAAACAUCACACUUUAUUUUAUACAACAACACCAAUUAUUAAUGAAAAUCGAAUUCGAGAUCGUCCAACAAGUUUCAUCAUACAUCAUGAUGAUGAUCAACAUGCUUUUGUACCAACUGAUGGAAGUUCAGCAGCUAUUUAA